AUGACGCAUGCUGAGGGCACUGAGGGCACUUCACCGAUGGCUCAGAUGCGUUCGGCAGCGGCCCCCGCUGAGACUCUGGCGCCCAUGGAGUUCUCCUUCGAGGUGUCACCGCACACGUCGCGGCUGCACCCCUUUCGGAAUCAACAGCCAUUGGGCCUGAGCCUGCGCGAGGAUGACGGCGAGGCCGAUGUCGUUCACCAUGGGCGCCUGUCUUUGUCUGAGCUCCGGACUCUGGUCAAGCAGGCGAAGGACUUCCAGGCUGCGUGGAGGGGCCUCACCCCCUUGCAGCAGCGCUUGGCCCGAGGUGCGGCGCAUCGUCCCGAGGCGCUGAGCCCUGAGAACUUCAAGCCUGCGCACGCGUUGGCGGGAUCCCGGUCCCGGUUCAUCCUGCGCCGGCACUCCUCAACGGAUGCGGAUGAGGCUGGCGCCGAGUGCUUGCCGCGCUGUGACGUCAGCGUGGAGUACCGUCACGGUCGACUGGGCGGCAGAACUUUGAGCUUCUUACAGCCGGUCGGCACCGGCAGACUGACGGGCGUUGCAACAACCUCGCCCCCAACCCGACUCUGCAUGGAAUGCUUGGCGCCUUUGGCGCCCCUCCCUGGCCAGGAGAUGAGCGUGCUCAAAGAAAGCGCGCGUGGCCCGCUGGGGGAGAAGAUCCUGUACUGUGCCCGUGGGUCCGAGAGCGACCUCUUCUGUUCCGGGCCCUGUCGAGCCCGGUUCUUUGGGAAGAGGAACGGGGCCAGCCUGCGGCACCAGCUCUUCGAGCUGGAGCGGGGCGUCUGCCAGCGCUGCGGCCUGGACUGUCACAGCCUCUGGCAGAGCUUGCAAAACAUCGCUCCCGCACAGCGCCUGGUGAAGCUGCGGCGCCUGGCGGACGAUCUCGGGAGCAGCAGAAGCACCGCGAGCACCGCGAGCACCGACCUGAAGGAGGCUUCUCGGCUCCGCGCGCUGACCUCGCACCUGCAGACCAAGGGUGCUUCCUGCGAAGGGAAGGAGGAGAGGCAGGAGGGGCAGGAGGGGAGCGAUGAGGGGAUGGCUGCGAAGGCUGCGAAAGCCAAGAAGGCCAAGAAGGCCAAGAAGGCGGAGCCCGAGCCCAGCAGCCCGCCGCCCAGCAGCCCGCAGAGGAGCGGGAACCUGACGGAAGGCUUCCUGUGGCAAGCGGACCACGUUGUCCCGGUCUGGCGCGGAGGUGGUGUGUGCGGCUUGGAGAAUCUCCAGACCCUGUGUGCGGCCUGCCAUGGCCAGAAGACCAAGCAAGAGGCUCAGGAGCGGGCAGAGGCUCGGCGCGCGCAGCGCCAGCCUCGGCUCUGGCCCGCCGGGCGCCUGGCGGCAAAGGCGAAGUGGGCGCUGCGGGCUGCGGAUGCCAAGGAGAUCGACCUCGAGGACGUCGACGACGAGGAGAGCGCGAUGAGUGCAGGUCUCCAUGGAAGGGAGUUUCCUUUCCUGCGAAGCUUCGAAGUCGUCCAUUUCAAAGUCCGCAUUUUUGCAAAGGCCGGAGUCACAGAGCCAGCUGAUGCGUCAAGCACACGUUGGAUCGAACGCUUCCAGCGUGGCACGGUUUUCUGUGCCUAUGUGAAGGAUCCCCUUGCCUGGCAGCGGACUGGCUUGUACAAGUACUUGGUGUUUGCCUGGGACCGCAGGCAGCAGAAGUACGAGGGCUGGGAAGCAUCUGGCCUCCACACCCGGUUCUUCACGCAGGAGGAAGUUUCGGCGGGCGUGAAACUGUUGAACGAUGCCGGCCGACGUGAGGAGCUGCUCACCUCGUGGACGGACGAUGAGCUUCCAAGUUUGCCGCCGCUGGAGUCCUGCGGGGGCUCUACGGGAACCCGGUUGCCGCGCCUGGACAGUCGAGAUCGAGAUUCCGUGUUUACACCCCGACUCACGGGGUACAAGCCAUACGGCACACUGGAGCACCUUGGGGGCAAGAAGUCGCCGUUAAGCCGAGCCAAAGGCGCCCCUUAUGCCCGGAAGGUCACGGCCAAGGCGACGGAGGCAGCCGACGUUCCGCCGGGUCGUGGACAUCGGCGCGGGGCACGGGCGCAUGGCCGCGUGGCUGACUCGGGCCUGGGGCUUCGAGGACUGUUGCCAGGCCUGUCCUGUCAGCCCCUUGACCCCUACGCCCAAGCCACGGCCCUGGAUGUCGUCCAGCCAGCGAACCCGGAGUUCGACGUGGGGCUCUUCGAUGGGCGGACGUUGCCGCUGCCGGACAAGAGCAUGGACUGUGCGCUGUUCUCCUUCGUGCUGCAUCAUUGCCGGCACUUCGAGUUGCAACGGGCACUUCUUAUGGAGGCGGCCAGGGUGUCAAGAAGUUGGGUCGUGAUCUGUGAAGACACGCCGGAGGAGACCAUUCACUGGAAAGGAACGCGAGGUCACGACCAUCUCGGCCAGUUCCAUCCGGCCUCAGAGUGGCGGAAGAUGUUCAGCAAGAUUGGUUUCAACCUCCUGCACCAGGGACCUAUCUGGGAAGGCCCUCGAAAAGGUCCGAGCCCUUACUUCUGCAAGAGGUGCUACUUCAUCCUCCAGGUGCCAGCUGGGCUUUGUCCGCAGCCGUCCCCUGGCCUGGUCGGCCUCUCCGGCUGCUGCGCCCUUCCGACGCGGGGGGAGGCCGGCGCCGCGCACAGCAGCCUGUCGGACGACGAGCGCCGAGGACUGCUUGAAGCGGCUCUGGAGCAAGAUCCGGCGGGAGCCGAGAUCAUCGGCAACAUCAAGGAGCGAUGGUUCAAGAGCACCGGGCCACUGAGCAACGAGGAGCACGAGGAUGUACCUCAGGAGGAGUUCUGCGCGUUCUCACAGAUGAGUCUCCCUCGAAGACUGGAGCAGAACUUGCAGCUCCAGGGCAUCCUGAAGCCGUCUCCGAUCCAGCGAGCUGCCAUCCCGGUGGCCCUCACUGGACAAGACCUCGUCGGCAUCGCCGCCACCGGCAGCGGCAAGACGCUGGCCUACUUGCUGCCCCUUCUGCUUCGGGCGCUGUCGGCCGGGCUUCCGGAAGGUGCCUUUGGCCUGGUUCUUCUGCCAACUCGAGAACUGGCUCUCCAAGUCGCUGCCUGCGCCGAUGCGCUGCUGGGCUCGAGCCAGGACAAGGAUGCUGCCCAGACCUUGGAUGUUGAGAGCCACGACGAAGCCCUGUCCCGAGUUUCGGUGGUUUCGAUCUGGGGAGGGGCGCCCCGAUGGGAGCAGCAGCACCAGCUGCAGCAUGGGAGGAAGUGGCCACACCGGCAGCUUCCAGGCCAUGCAUGGGUUAUUGCUGCUACACCCGGGCGACUGCUGGACUUGAUCUGCAGUGAGGUGGACGAAGGCCGACGCCCGUUGCACGGCGUUCGCGUGCUGGUGUUGGACGAGGGGGACAGGAUGUUGGAGGAGGGCCUGGGAGACCAACUCGAUGCCGUGGCUCGACACACAGCGCUGCUCCGGCAGACGCUCUUCUUUUCUGCCACGUGGUGUGAGGGCAAGGUAGGGCUCCAAGCUUCGUGCUUGUGCCGACAGUCUCCGGUCAUGGUGCAGGUUGGUUCAGGCGAUUCCAGCGAUCAGUUGACAACGAGUCUGGCAAACAGGAACAUACUUCAAAUGGUUGAAGUGUUCGACCAGGAGGAGUCGGAGGAAGAGCGGGAAACGCGGAAACUGUCGCGUCUUCUUGAGCUUCUGAGACUCGAGCUUCAGGUUGGAGGAGAUUCGGAGGAGAAAGAAAGGCCUCUCUUCAAGGCCUUGGUGUUCUGCAUGACAAAGAAGUUUGCAGACUGUUUGGUAGAGAAGCUGAACGAAGCCAGCUGUGAAGCAGUCGCUAUCCAUGGCAACAAGACACAAGAUGAGCGCUUGUUCAAUCUCGACUUGUUCGCGAACUCAAAACCGUCGGGCCCUCGCAUCCUCGUGGCGACGGACGUCUUGGGCCGUGGAAUCGACCUGCCCAACGUGACCCAUGUCUUCGUGUUCGAUAUGCCGGGAUGCAUUGAAGACUACAUCCAUCGCAUAGGACGCACAGCACGAGGACUGGAUGGGCAGGGAAAGGCCAUCACGUUCUUCGAGUUCGCGCCCUGCGUGCCGCAGCUGGCAAAGGAGCUAAUGGUGCACUUGGACGAGUGUGCGCAGGAAAUCCCUGCAGAACUGCAGCAGAUAGCAGAGGACGUUUCUUCUGGGCGGCGGCUUCAAAGCAAGAAGCAGCGCACACGGGAGCAGGGCAAUGCGCAUGGCGACCAGCAGUCCACCAGUCCUGCAGAUCUCGCGACGCCGGAAGAGCUGGGAGAGUGGAACGCCGGUGGAUAUCGGUCAUGGAUGUUUGAGAACGCGAACCUCAACAACGGCAAGGCUAGCCAGGACAGCGGCUGGCUUGUCUUCAAGAAGGCAGGAGUCCUGCACACGGACCGCGGCUCUGGGAGCUGGCAGCUGGAGGAGGAGCAGAUGCUGGUGCGCUUCGGUGCGUUUGUGCUCCGCCUGACGCUCCACAAGAAGUGGAAUGGGAAGAAGCAUCUCAACUUCUGCACUGAGGAUCUCGAAGCUUCCGGGAAGUCCUUGAGCGGCUGGGUCCAGAAAUCGAAGUCUUACAAGUUCCACGAUGCGGGCGCGGAUCCUCCCAACGGCGAGGAGUGCCCGCCAUGA